ACCCAGUUAUCUAUAUGAUCAGCUGCACUGUGCAAACACUUCCCCCUGUCAGACCUUACAGAGAGUCCUGAGACUCAUCCAUUCCCAGGAGAGCUCUACACCAGCAGCUCAGAUCCACUGGAAACAUGUCGGAUGUGAAGGCGGAGAGCGGUGAUCAGCCGGCAAUUGCCAUCUGUCCAAGGCCAGAGGAGAGUACCGCUGUUCCACUUGAUAUUCCAGUGCCAGAGAACGACAGCCAGUCCACACCUGUUGCCAUCUGUCCGAGGCCCGAGGACAGCACUGUUGUUCCAACUGAUAUUCCAGUGCCAGAGAACGAUGCCCUGUCCACACCUGUUUGUGUGUUGACAGUUGCCAUCUGUCCGAGGCCCGAGGACAGUACCGUUUUUUUACCUGAUACUCCAGUGCCGGAGAACGACAUCCAGUCCACACCUGUUGCCAUCUGUCCGAGGCCAGAGGACUGUACCGUUGUUCCACCUGAUAUUCCAGUGCCGGAGAACGAUGCCCAGUCCACACCUGUUGCCAUCUGUCCGAGGCCCGAGGACGGUACUGUUGUUCCAACUGAUAUUCCAGUGCCAGAGAACGAUGCCCUGUCCACACCUGUUUGUGUGUUGACAGUUGCCAUCUGUCCGAGGCCCGAGGACAGUACCGUUGUUUUACCUGAUACUCCAGUGCCGGAGAACGACAGCCAGUCCACACCUGUUGCCAUCUGUCCGAGGCCAGAGGACUGUACCAUUGUUCCACCUGAUGUUCCAGUGCCGGAGAACGAUGCCCAGUCCACACCUGUUGCCAUCUGUCCGAGGCCCGAGGACGGCACCGUUGUUCAUCCUUAUAUUCCAGUGCCGGAGAACGAUGCCCAGUCCACACCUGUUGCCAUCUGUCCGAGGCCCGAGGACGGUGCCAUUGUUUCACCUGAUAUUCCAGUGCCAGAGAACGAUGCCCAGUCCACACCUGAUCUUAAGCCAGAUACCUCUAAAGAGCCAGAUGAGGGCGCCCCUGAGGUGGCAGCAGGUGGCAAUGAGGUGACGACAAAAGCCAGUGAUUCAACAACAGAUUCCAGUAAGGCAACAACAGAAGCAAGUGAAGCAAAGACAGGAGCCAGUGAGGAGGCAACAGAUGCUGGUGAGGCAACAACGGGAGCCAGUAAAGAGGCACCGGUAGAUGCCAGUAAGGCAGAAACAGGUGUCAGUGAGACAACAGGAACCAGUGAGGUGCCGAAAGAUGCCAGUGAACCGACAACAGGAACCAGUGAGGCAACACCAGAUGCCAGUGAGGCAACGGCAGGAGCCAGUGAGGCGGCAAUAGAUGUCGGUGAGCCAACAACAAAAGCUAGUGAGGUGACACUAGAUGCCAGUGAACCGGCUACAGUAGUCAUUGAGGAGGUGACACCAGAUGCCAAUGAGGCGACGACAGUAGCCAUUGAGGAGGUGACACCAGAUGCCAGUGAGGCACUAACAGUAAACAUUGAGGUGGUGACAGAUGUUAGUGAGCCAACAGAUGCCUGUCAGGUGACAGCAGAUGCCGGUGAUGUGGCGACAGCCGGAGAGGAUCCCGUUGUUGACUCCUCAGCGUCACCUAGCGACCAGCCCAAGGAAAGUGAGGCCCCUGCUGUUUGGAGCCAAUUCAUCCCCACUGAUGCACUUGGCCUCCCAGAUUUAACUCUUGCAGACGCCUCCCUUGCCGAGUCUGCCAGUGCCUAAUGUGUUUGGUCUGUGAGAGCGGACCGACUUCCCACGAAUGCUGGCAUCUCCCUGUGGAUCUUGCUGCAUCCGUGGCCGAUUCUGUACCAUGUCAGUCAAAUUGUAAAUGUCCCUGGUUACAGGAUAUGCCGGAUGAGGACUAACGGCUUGACCACCAUUCGGCCUGUCUCCUCCUGGACGGUGCAAUGAGCCUCAGCAACACUUAAUACUUGGGAAACGGUCUCUCUCUGUGGGUGGAGGAAGUAACGCUGCUCUUUCUGUCUCACAACCGCUCUUCAUUAUUGGCUUGUGUCUCAAAGUCUUCUCCUCACCACCCUCUGUGCCAGCUCUGGUCUAAUCAAAUCUCUGACCGUGCUCUGUUCUGUUCCAGUCCAAUAAAGUUAAUAAUGUGAAUUUAAGAAAAAAAUAA